UAACUUUGAGCGUGAACUCGACUCGACAUGCUGAGUGAUUGUGCGUAGAUUUUCCUACAUGUACAGUAGCUGAACUGACAUUCUCCUGCGCUUUCUACAAGCAGUUUUGAAAUUUUCGUCUGGAAAACCUCAGUACUGUACAUUUUGUGAAAUUGCGGGGCAUUAGUUGUGGUCGUUUUGGUUGUGUGGCAAGGUGGAAAUGAAUUUUUUUUACAAUUUUGAGCGCACUUGCAACAGUAACUUGAUCGUGGGGUGAGAGACCUUUCUGAUGUGAUAUGAAAUUUUUGACAAUGGCAAGUCCAGCUUCACCCUCAGAAAUCAGCACUAAAGGGGCAACGGUGUUUAAGUGUUGUGACUGCGGCAAAUCUUUCCCAUCAAAGUGCAAACUUGACUCGCAUAUUAGCGUUCACAGGAAGUGUGAGAAAAUGCAGUUCAGUUGUGAGGUGUGCUUAAAACAGUUCCGGCAGAAGUCGGGGCUGCAGCAACACCAGAGGACGCACACCCAGGAGAAGCCAUACCUGUGCCACUACUGCGGACGUACUUUCUCACAGAUUGGGAACCUUAAAACCCACAGUCUGCAGCACACUGAGGAGAUGCCCUUCGAGUGUCAAACCUGCGGGGCGCGAUUCCGCAAUGGAGGCAACCUCCAGAAACACAAGCAGGUGCAUGCUAAUGCCUUCACGUGCGGGGAAUGCAGCAGAACCUUCAAGGAUGCGGACCGUCUCCGAGGCCACCAGCUGCUCCAUGGCAAUGCCAAGCCUUUUACCUGCAAAUCCUGCGACAAGGCAUUUGUCAGCAAGAGCAAGCUCGCGGCGCACGCCCGUGUCCACACCAAGGAGAAACCCUUUGCUUGUGACCUGUGUGGUAAGGCCUUUACCCAGAAGAGCAACGUCAAGCAACACCAGAAACUCCAUGCCAAUGAAAGGGCUUUCCUCUGCCAUACCUGUGGAAGGAGUUUCACCCAGAAGGUUAAUCUACAGAACCAUCUGGCCAAUCACGCCAGGGAAGAAAAAUUGGCUCAGGGAAAUUGCAGUGAGGUGUUCGGUACUCAGCUCAAUCAGAAUAAGCACGAACAAAGUCACAUGAGAGUUGAACCAGUGCAGUCGGGCGAGUCAUUACUCAAUGCUCACAUGAACGACAGUUUCAAUCAAGUGGACGGGUUGGAGCAGUGCAGUGUGAAUCAUUCAAUCCAGGAGCAGUUUGCCGAGAGUCUGGAUAAUGAUGAACUGGAGAGAUUGAUGCAAGAGGCACUCUUUAAACCUGAACUGUGGACAGAAGUGAGGGAUGGGCUUGAUCACACUGUUUAGCUGCAACUGUACAACAGUUUACAGUAAAUUUAGUGGACUUCCAAGAUAACCAUAUCGAGCCUUACAACCAUCAACAGUAUUUAAAAAAGUCAGUGGGGGAAUUUUGAAUUGAGUAUUUACAUAGAAAUUUGUUGGGCACAAUCAGUCGAUCUGCUUAAUCGCACUGUGUUAUCAAUAAUGUAUGAAAUCUCUUACAUGUACUCUAACCUUUUUCAAAGCAGUCUUUCACAAUCAUAAAUUGGACAGAAAAGGCAAUUGGCUGAUAGUGGAAUUAUCAGUAAAUCAUGCAAUAAAAUUGACUGAUUACACAAAGAUUGAGCCAUCACGCAGAUUGACUGAUUGUGCACAACACUUGCACACAUACAUGUAUCCAUGUAUGCGUGACACUUGCACGCAUGUAUGUAUAUAAGUGUAUAGAUUUGUGUUUCUCAGUUUCACCUGUUGAGAUUUUUAUUUUCAGGAAUCUUUGAAACAAUACAACAAUAAAUGACUUGACCCUCUUAUGCAAAGACA